AUGCACGCCCUUCCCGCGAGCAGCCGCAGUUCCCUCCUCCACAGCUCCCCAGAGAAGAAGCCCCUCGUCGCAGCACGAGCGGCACCCGCCGCCAUCAUCGGCAGGGCCAGCCCGACCUCGACCACCACCUUCCUCCCACGCCACCGCCCCUGCCCGUCCGCCUGCGAACGAACGCCACGUGCACAGACGUCGGUGCACCUGCCAGCACUCAACACGCGCCUGCGCGGCCAUGUGACCACCUCGGCCACCACCGCCACACCCACGUCAGCCGGCCCCGCCGGCUCGGAGCACCGCAGCAGCGACGGCGGCGGCGACCAGUCCGAGGCGUCGUCAUCGUUGCCGGCCGGCAGCGCUGCCCAUCAUCACGGCGGCGCCGGCGGCCAUUCAUCGCCGCCUCCGCCGCCUGCGGGUGGCGGCGGUGGUGCCGGGUCGACGUUCUUCCUGCGGCUGCGGGAGGGGUUCAUACGGGGGUCCUCCACCGGACAACACGUCGCCGACACCAGCGGCACGGAGGACGAGGUGAUCGAGGACGACGACGAGGAGGACUACGACAACCGGAGAAAGCGACGGCGGACCGCCGCGGGCAUUCCCGACGAUGAGGACAUCAUAUCCGACGACGAGUACCACCACCAGCGACGACGAGGGCGCGCCAAAAAGAAGCGAAAGCGGGACACCACCGCCAACGCCAACGCCAACGCCAACGCCAAGAAGCCGAAGCCGAAGACGACGCGAGAGAAGACGACGAUGGUCACCACGACGACUACCACGGGGAGCGAAGCGAAGGUCAAGGAGCGACUCGCCACUGCCACGUCGAGCACCAGCACCAGCGCCACCACGAGAAGCAGAUCGGAGGCGCGAAAACGACCAGACGCGGAGGGCACGACGGCCACGGCGGCGGCGGCGGCGCACCACCCCAAGCGACGGAAGAAGGCGAGCGCCCGCCCUGCGGCCCCCGAGAAAAAGAGCCCGCGCCCGCGGGAGGAGGCGAUGGCGCCGCUGUCGGUGGUGCGUCAGGUGUUGGAGGAGAGGGACGCCGCGCUGGCCCGCCUCUAUUCCGAGAACCAGCGGCUCAAGCUCGCCCUCCUCGCCCGCUCCUCUUCUGGCGAAACCGGCUUGCCCAUCCACUAA